AUGUCACAUGGACAUGUUUAUAAUAUACAUUUAAAAAUUCCAACUUCUUGUUGUGUACGUGGUUGCAAGAGUAAGAGCAAUGGUAAAAUUAAGUAUUUCAGAUUUCCUAAGGAUGAAAACCGUAGACUACAGUGGAUACAAGCUCUUCAUAGAAAAAACUUUGUUCCUACAAAUAAUACUUUGAUUUGUGAAGCACAUUUUACUACUAACGAUUAUCAUAAAAGACCCGAUCUUAUUAAGUUAACAAAUAUUGCUGUUCCAAGUAUUUUCAACUGUCAGAAUAAUGAAAGACAAAAUACAUCACCAAAAAAAGUGAAUAUGGAUUCGGCAUUAAAAUCCUCCCGAUUGCCUGCAAGACAACGUCAUAGUAAUUUAUCAGACCAUACUUAUGUAUUGAAAUUUCCUGAGAAAUCAAUUAUAUCUGAGGAUAGAUUUAAAAAAACAAUUAUUCCAUCAAAAUGUAUAGCCCAUACUGUAUAUUCUGAUGAAUCACAACUGUUAGAUGUAUUCAAAUCAAAUAUACAAAUAUUAAAAAAUAUUGAAAAUUCUGGCUUUAAAAUGCCAAAAAGUUUCAAAAUAACUUUUCAACCUCCAGAAAAAAAUUGGGAAAACAUUGCGAUAAUACAAAAAAAAACACAUGAUUUAAGAAAAAAAGUAAAAGUUUUUCAUCAAAAAAUUAGGCGAUAUGCCUCGACAAUUGAAAAUUUAAAGAACAUAUACCAAAAAUGUUGCUGUUAACAAAUUGUGUUUUACCAAAAGACAAAAAAAAAUGAUAAUCUUCUUAAAUUUAAAUUUGAAAACCUAAGGAUGGAAUUGAUGGAACGGUGGUUAGUAAUAAUUAUGUUCAGUUCCAGAUCAACAAGCAAUACUUAUGUUAGUUUAGCCACUUCAACAAACUAUAUAUCAGUAAGCUACAAACUUCCAUAUCUGUGUGUUACCAUAUAUCAAACUUACAUGUCGGUGAUAGUGUAUUCUAUAUUAAAUAAAUUAAAGAUGCAAGAAAAAAUUGAUUCACUAAAAAGGAGUCAUAAUAUAAACAAGCAGAUGAAAUUAAUGAAUAACUUAGAUAUUGUGGAAUUUUCAAAACUGCAAAUGAAUCCCUAAUUGUUAUACUAGUGACAUUAUCAAGUUUAGUAAAUAUUAAUUUAAAAGAGGAUCAUGUAAGUAAAUUAUAUUGCAGUUAAAUGCAUAAUGAUAUAAAUAAAUAUCAACAUUAUUGUAAAUUUUAACAACAGCAAGAAAGAAGAAUUAGUUAAAGAUUUCAAAACCCAAUGUAGGAUCAAGUAUAUAAUUGCAACUGACUUAUAUUUAACCUGUAUGUAUUUAAAUGAUCAACUGUUAUUGGAGAAUAUAAAAAUAUGUGCUACUAAGCAAGUAGUAAGUAAAUAAAAUUACAAAUAUAUUUGGUUGAAUAGCAGUGGAGUAUUUUUGAAAAAAAAAGGUGAUAUGUGCGCGUCUGAGUACAUUAUUGCAACUAAUGAUAUAUAUAUUAAUAAGAGUGUUGAAUGUUUAUUAAAAUAAUACUGCAUGUGUAUAAUC